CCCCCAACUCAGCGGGGACUCCGUCCCUAGGCCCAGGAUCUUCCUAAUGCACCAUCCCAGCCAUGCACGACCCUGGGUUUUGCAAGAAAAGACCCCUGAGCAGCAGCGCAGCCUCCUGGAGAAUGCAAGCUCCCACCUGGCCUAGCGCUCCCAAGAUACAACGAACAAAUAAAAGACCGGAAUUACAGCUGUGCUCGGACCUCCCCCUCCACCACCACCACACACACUCCUGUCGAUCCAGGAGGUGGCGUCGGGUCUUGGCAGGGGUGGUGGGUGGGUCGCUGGGAUUUUAAAAAAUAGAUCUGAACACUGACGCGCCCAGGAACUCUAAGAAGCCCAAUUAUCAAAGGGGGAAAGGGAGACCAAGCACAUAUUCCCAAAACGGAGUUGCCAGAAAGGAGCUGAUCCAUCCCCUCCUUCUCCCAAAGUGCUCAGCUCCUUCAGCCUGGAGGAAAAGGUAUCUCUGUAUCCCCCAAGCUUCCGCUCUGUCCUCCCACCCCCACUCCCCCAGCCACAGGCCCAACUCCCGCUGAACCACUAUAGACCCAAGCCUCCCACUUUACCUGCAGUUCACCCGAGGCCAUAACCCUGGGAACUCUUCAAGCCAUCUCAGGUCUCAGCUCUGCAGUUCUCCCUCAUACACAGUUAUCUUUCCUAAGUGGGGGAAAGUAGAGCUAAGGAUUUGGAAGAAGAUCCUGAGAACUUAAAGGGACUCUGAGGGAAGCUGAGGAGGGGGGCCCCUGACUAGGGUGAACCAGAUCCAGUGGGGACUGGGGUACUGAAUCCACUGAGCACCAGCUCACUUCCUCCCAUGAUAUAAUCACUACAGCCAGUCUUAGAGGGGAAGACUCUAGAGAGUUCUCCCUCCCUCCUUCCCUCCCUUGGUCCCACCCGCCUUGCCUGGUCUUGCUUGCCUCCCUGUUUCCAUGACAACUCCAAGGGAGCCCAAACUGGGGGCUUGAAUGCCGGGGUGAGAGGAGGAGAGACAGAGUGAGGGGACCUCGGAAACUCUCCCCCUCCCUCUCCUCGGUCCCUUUAAGCUCCCCCCCCCUCCGCUCUCCCUCCGCCCCCCGCCGCUGUCUUCAUCUCUCCAUCUCUGUGCUGCUGCCGGCUGCGCAAUCUGCACACCGAGACUCCGACGCCAGCCAGGGACCCCGACUCCCGCUGCAGUGACCCUGUCCCAGCCAGACCACAGGCAUGUCAUCGGAAAAGUCAGGCCUCUCAGACUCAGUCCCCCACACCUCUCCACCACCCUAUAAUGCCCCGCAGCCCCCGGCCGAACCCCCCGCCCCUCCCCCACAGGCAGCCCCUUCCUCUCACCAUCACCACCACCACCACUACCACCAGUCCGGGACCGCCACCCUCCCGCGCUUAGGGGCAGGCGGCCUGGCUUCUUCCGCGGCCACUGCUCAGCGCGGUCCCUCAUCUUCCGCCACUCUGCCGCGGCCACCACACCACGCCCCGCCCGGCCCGGCCGCCGGGGCGCCCCCACCCGGCUGCGCUACCUUGCCCCGCAUGCCACCCGACCCUUACCUGCAGGAGACUCGCUUCGAGGGCCCGCUGCCCCCGCCGCCGCCAGCCGCCGCCGCGCCGCCCCCGCCGGCGCCCUCUCAUACUGCCCAGGCUCCGGGCUUCGUGGUGCCCACGCACACGGGGGCGGUAGGCACGCUGCCACUGGGGGGCUACGUAGCCCCUGGCUACCCCUUACAGCUGCAGCCUUGCACUGCCUACGUGCCGGUCUACCCGGUAGGCACGCCCUAUACAGGCGGGACCCCGGGGGGAACAGGAGUAACCUCCACGCUCCCCCCGCCGCCCCAGGGCCCAGGGUUGGCCCUGCUGGAGCCGAGGCGCCCGCCGCACGACUACAUGCCCAUCGCAGUGCUGACCACCAUCUGCUGCUUCUGGCCGACGGGCAUCAUCGCCAUCUUCAAGGCCGUGCAGGUGCGCACGGCCUUGGCCCGCGGAGACAUGGUGUCUGCCGAGAUCGCUUCACGCGAGGCCCGGAACUUCUCCUUCAUCUCCCUGGCGGUGGGUAUCGCAGCCAUGGUGCUCUGUACUAUCCUCACCGUAGUCAUCAUCAUUGCCGCGCAGCACCACGAGAACUACUGGGAUCCGUAACGACUCGCCCGGCCCGGCCCCACCCCGCGCCCC